GUCCCUUUAUCAGGACUGGCUCAGGACAGUGGUGGGGGGACUGAGGCAGCUUUUCCUUUCCUUUUUGUUUUCUUUUUUGUCUCGGGGAAAUUGGGACUGGGGGUGCACCAGAAGAAGACCUGCGGCCAUUUCUACUCCACUGACAGCUGGACGGCCGGCUUCGGAAGCAUGAUGUAGCCCCCCAAAAGCAGCUCGGUGGCAAAAGGCGUGGGACGCGCAGGUUCCAGGCGAGGAGGGCCGUCGGGACCAUGGUCUCCAAACUGACCCAUCUUCAGGUGGAGCUGCUGGGAGCCCUGCUGGAAUCGGGGCUUAGCAAGGAGACCCUGAUCAAGGCUCUGGCGGAGUCCGAACUGCACCACCACAGGGAGAGCCAACAGCUCGGGGCGGCCCUCCAAGGGGAGAAGGGGGAGCCUUGCGGCGAGAUCCCGCAUCUUCCCAAUGGAAUGGGGGAGUCCAGGAUGUCGGAGGAAGAGACCUCGGACGAGGGGGAAGAUUUCACUCCUCCAAUCAUGAAGGAACUGGAAAACCUGAGCCCAGAAGAAGCCGCUCACCAGAAAGCCGUGGUGGAGAGAUUAUUACAGGAGGAUCCCUGGAGGGUGGCAAAGAUGGUGAAGUCCUACCUCCAGCAGCACAACAUCCCUCAACGGGAAGUGGUGGACACAACGGGCUUGAACCAGUCCCACCUCUCCCAGCACCUCAACAAGGGCACCCCCAUGAAGACUCAGAAGAGAGCUGCCCUGUACACCUGGUACGUUCGCAAGCAGCGAGAGGUGGCCCAGCAAUUCACCCACGCCGGCCAGGGCCUCCUGGUGGAGGACCCGAUGGGGGAGGAGAUCCCGGUCAAGAAGGGCCGGAGGAACCGGUUCAAGUGGGGCCCGGCAUCACAGCAGAUCCUCUUCCAAGCCUACGAGAGGCAGAAGAACCCGAGCAAGGAAGAGAGGGAGGCUCUGGUGGAGGAAUGCAACAGGGCAGAGUGCCUUCAGCGUGGCGUCUCUCCAUCCCAGGCCCAGGGGCUGGGCUCCAACCUGGUGACCGAGGUGAGGGUUUACAACUGGUUCGCCAACCGCCGUAAAGAGGAAGCCUUCCGGCACAAGCUUGCCAUGGACAGCUACAACGGUUCCCAGUCCAGCUCCGUGCCCACCUUGGCCUCUCAUGGCUCCUCCUCUCUCCAACCAGCAACUCCUCUGUCCCCAGGCAAAGUCCAUGGUGAGUGCCAGGCGGAGGGUGGCAGGGGAGAGGGAGACCCCCAGGGACAUAUGGAGAACAUAGGAAGAACGGUAGCAGAAAAUGGGUACGUCUAGUUUAAUCAAGAGAAGGACGGGGGGUGAUGUGAUGGCAGCGUUCCACUAUUUAAGGGGCUGCCCUAAAGAAGAGGGGGUCAAGCUAUUCUCCAAAGUACCUGAGGGUAGGACAAGAAGCAAUGGAUGGAAACUAACCAAGGAGAGAUCCAACCUAGAAAUAAGGAGAAAUUUCCUGA